AUCAAGGCUUCACUUAGCAAAAGUGUUUUUUCAGGCAAAAUGAAUAUUGUCAUUCAACCGUUUCCAGAUGCUUAUAACUUUGGCCUGGGGGUGAAACAUCAGAUCUUUUCCUUAAGAGGUGACGAAGAAAAUCUGGCUGGGAUCAAACACCAAAAUGAGGAGGUGCAACAUCUUGCUAAGAAGGAAGCACUGAUGGAGGUUCAGGAGAAUAAUGUCUUCCUGGAAAGUGAAAUCAAGUCACCCAGAGAUGUGCCUGGAGGAGCAAACAGUGCUAUUGGAAAUUUGAAAAUUGCUGAAGUUGAUCCAGGUGGUCAUUUUGUAAAGAUCCUCAACUGUGCCCCUGAAAAAAAGGAAAGUAUUGGGGAUUAUCUCUUGAAGCAGGAUGUCCAAGGUCAACCAGUGACUGUAUUUCGGUUUCCCCCCGAGACCACAAUGGGGCCCAACUCCACUGUGACAGUUUGGGCAGCAGAUGCUACAGCGCUUUAUAAACCUCCUUCAGAUUUUCUUUGGAAGGACCUGGAGAGAUUUAGGACAAGCCUUGACUGUGCUACCAUUCUCUGUGAGCCUAGCGGUCAAGCUGUGGCUUGGUACACCCCUCUCUACUGGAACAGAAGGCAAGGAUGGGUGGCAAGAGAGGAAAGUGAAAAAUUUGAGAACAUUGUUAUGCCAACUUUCUCAACAAGAAAGCAAAAAGAGGGAUGGGAAAAUGAACAGGAAUUUACAAUAACUGAUACAGAGUGGAAGAGGACUGAUUCAUGGCAAGCAAGAAAAAAACGACAAAGCUUCCUUAAAAGGGAGAAAAAGACCUCUGCAUCCCUUUUCCCUAAUCAGAGUGCCUGGUGCCAAAGUCCAAACUCUCCCACGCACCCUCACUUUUCUCUGAUUAGACCAUUAACCAUGGGGAAUGAUGGCAGCAGUUUGUGCAGGCAGUCCCGGUGUCAGUCAGCAAGGCCUGACCCCGUGCCAG